GUUUUGGUAUAAAAGUAAGGUUUUUAGUGACGUCUUCCAGUUUAGAUUGAGCCAAAAUGAAAAGUGUAGUGAUCACAAUUGUUGCUUUGGCACUUGGAGCUCGAGCCGAAGACCCUCUCUGUGCGGGUCUUCCCAGGGACACGGAAAUACUUUUCCCAUCACCAAUCGAUUGCAGUAUUUAUUACAAAUGUUACAAUGGAAAUUUUUCGGAGCAGAAGUGUCCCCAAGACUUGUAUUUCAGCGAAUUUAACAACAGAUGUGUGGAGGCGCAAUACUCGGAAUGUAUGGGGGGUACUGGAACGCCGCCUCCCCCCACCUCAUCCACUACAACUUCCACGACAGUGCCCCCAACUGAAACUCCAGAUCCUGUGGACCCCCGAUGUGUUGACAAUGAGACAUCCUAUUGGCCCCACGUGAGCGUCUGCCACCUGUAUGUCGAAUGCUACGAGGGCAAAUCAUACGAAGUGACUUGCCCCUCAAACACCUAUUUCUCCGACCAACACAAGAAGUGUGUUCUUGCAAGCGAAUCCGAAUGCUGUAUCAAUGAUCCUUCACAAUGCACAUAAAUAAAAUGUA